AUGAGUUCGGUUGAAUGUCCGAUCCAUCCAAACGUUCACUUGGUCGAGGACCAUCGAGCCGGUGAUGUUGUUUGUCCAGAGUGUGGCCUAGUCGUUGGUGACAGGCUGGUUGAUGUUGGUACUGAAUGGAGGUCGUUCUCAAAUGAAAGAAGUGGAGCAGAUCCAUCUCGUGUGGGUGCUCCUGAAAACCCUCUCCUUAGUGGAGGGGAUCUGUCCACAAGCAUUGCCGUUGGAUUUGGUGCCAGCGACGGUGAUACCAGCCUUGCUAAUGCUCAGCGAAAAAGCAUGAACAAUACUGAUCGCCAAAUGACGCAGGCAAUGAGUGUUAUCAGAGAGAUGAGUGAAAGAAUCCAUCUUGCAAAAAGUAUCCAGGAUUUGGCCUCGAAAACUUUCAAGGAUGUUCUGGACAGCAAGGCUCUCAAAGGGAAAAAUAAUGAGGCACAGGCUGCUGCUUGCCUCUAUAUAGCUUGCCGAAAAGAAGGUGUUCCGAGAACAUUUAAAGAGAUAUGCGCUGUUUCUCGUGUAUCAAAGAAGGAAAUCGGACGCUGUUUUAAGCUGAUUAUAAAGAGCCUCGAGACAAACCUUGAACAGAUCACUUCUGCGGAUUUCAUGUCGAGAUUUUGUGGAAAUCUUUCAUUGCCAAAUUCUAUCCAGGCUGCAGCGACUCGUAUUGCCAAACGUGCAGUCGAAAUGGAUCUUGUAGCCGGCCGUUCGCCUAUUUCCAUUGCGGCUGCCGCUAUUUAUAUGGCCUCACAGGCGUCCAGUGAAAAACGAUCAGCAAAAGACAUUGGUGAGAUUGCUGGUGCUGCAGAGGUAACGGUAAAGCAGACAUACAAACUUCUGUAUCCCCGAGCAGCGGAGCUCUUCCCGGACGACUUCAAAUUUGUCACACCAAUUGAUCAGUUGCCUACAUCCUGA